AUGGGUAACCCUCUUCUGGCGACGACCUCAGACAUCAAGCGGACGACGGCGACCUGGCCAGGGAGGUUCACGGUCGUCCAUGUCGGGCCGAGCCAGGAGCGGUUCGUCAUCAAGACGGAUUGUAUCGGGCACCCGCUGUUUCAGGCGCUGCUGGACCAGGCGGAACUGGCGUACGGAUUCGCCAGCAACGACCCGCUCCAGCUCCCAUGCGACGUCGAUCUUUUCCAAAAGGUCAUGUGCGAGAUGGAGAAGGAGAUGGCGGCGGUGACCGCGUCUGGCGCGGGCUUCUGCAAGUGCUACAGCGCCGGGUCGUGUCACCAGCUUCUAAUUAGCUCCUCUAGGCUUAUUGUCGCCGGCGGUUUCUAG